AAAUGCACAAUAACUGACGGGACGAGGCCCAAAAUGAGGUUUUUGAUUUUGUGUUUUGCCUUUUUCAAGUUCGCCUCGGCGUUUCCCGAACAGGGAAAAUGGGAUUUUACAUUCAACCAGAUUGCCAAAGAUAUGACUGUCGUCAAAAGUCUAUUUAAAGACUCGAAAAUAUUCAUUCGGGUAUUCUGUGAAAAUCAGGAUGUCAAGUUGAAAAUAAGAUGGUCCCUCCGAGAGUCGGCUUGUUGGCAGGACUACCAACAGUUUGGUCAGCCUUCAGAUUACGAAGGCCUUCCUGAUGGAUUUGACAAUAGCACUACUGUCAUAUUUAAAACAAAUGAUAAGGAGUAUUCUUGUCGGGAUUUUAUACAUUUGAAAGAAAUACUGGUUAAGGAUCUCGAAACACUUCCCGAUGAAAAAUAUUCACCUACCUCUUCAACUCCUGUGUACUCAAGUGAACAGCAAACAUUAAAUGAACCCCAUUCAUACUCAAAACAUCCUGUGUUUACAAUAACAAAAGAUGGAUUUUAUAAAUUAGAUAUUCACAUAGAAGAAUCUAAUGGAAAUGAGUUUGAAGUUAAGGUUCAUAUUGAAAUGAAAGGAAAAGAUGGUGGAUAUCUAUCUGCUGCCAAUUGGCCUCUGUUACCAUUUUAUGGCAUAAUGUGUUUGGUGUAUGUCACUUUAGGCCUAAUUUGGCUUUUGGUCUCUUUCCUCCAGUGGCGAGAUCUUUUAAGAAUCCAAUUUUGGAUUGGUGGCGUUAUAUUUCACGGAAUGCUUGAAAUGGCAGCAUUUUAUGCUGAAUAUUCCAGUUUCAAUUUAACAGGAGACUCGAUGCCAAACGUUAUACUUCUUGCUGAAUUAGUCUCGUGCGGAAAAAGAGCUAUAGCAAGAAUGCUUGUUAUAAUAGUCAGCCUUGGCUAUGGAAUUGUUAAGCCGAGAUUAGGGCCCAUGCUCCACAGAGUGUUUGGUGUAGGAAUUCUUUAUUUCCUUUUAGCUGUCACUGUAUCAUACAUGAGAGUGAUAAAACCAAAGAAUGAUCCUGCCAAUCAAUUUGUGAUAGCAACAGUUCCACUUGCAGUAUUAGAUUCCGCCAUUUGUUGGUGGAUAUUUAUUAGUUUAGCUCAAACAACAAGAACCCUUCGACUUAGAAGAAACUUGGUGAAAUUAACACUAUACCGGCAUUUUACUAAUGUUUUAAUUUUUGCUGUGGUCGCUUCUGUAAUAUUCAUGCUGUAUUCUAUUAAAGCUCAUCAUUUGACUAUAUGCUUCACAGAUUGGAAACAGCUUUGGGUCGAUGAUGCGUAUUGGAAAUUGCUGUUCACUAUAAUUUUAGUAGUUAUAAUGAUUCUAUGGAGACCUACAAAUAAUAACCAGAGGUAUGCAUUUUCCCCUCUUUUAGAUGCACCUGAAGAUGAUGAUGAUGAGGAAGAAGAGCAAUUUGUAAAUGAUGCAUAUGGUGUAAAAAUGAGGAGCCAAGGAACUGGGGCAGCAUCACCCAAGUUGAAAAAUAAUUCUAAUGCGGAUGAAGAUUUGAAAUGGGUAGAAGAAAAUAUACCUGCAUCAUUGGCUGAUACAGCCCUACCAAUUUUGGAUUCUGAUGAGGAAAUAAUGACUACUAGGUUUGAGUUGUCAAAAAUGCAAUAAAAAUAAUUAAGGUAAAACAUAAGGAUGUCUAUUUGAUUGCUAGUCUUGAAAAAUAUCAGUAUCCUCAUUUUGUGAGCUUUUGUUAACUACAAAUGAUUUUUAAAAUAAUUGGAGGAGUCAUUAUUUAUUUUUGUUUAGUACUUAAUGAUUGAUUUUUAUUUUUUGUUAGAGUUAAAUUUUUGAUUCUAUGAAUUGAGAGUUCCUUUUGUAAUAUUUAAUAUAUAUUGUUGCUGCGUGAAAUGCACAAGUGUAUUUGUUUUAAAAUUGUCUUCGUUUCCCCCAUGAUUGGAUCUCUCUUGACUGAUCAUGUUUACAGAAAGCUAAAACUAUCAAAGAGGCAAAAGAAAAUGCAAAAAGAUAGUGUUAAAUUUGAGUUUGUGUACGCGUUUUUCUAAACAAUAUUUGUACAGUUAAGGUAAACCUCUUUUCCUCAUAACAUGUACUGAUUUGUGGGAUUAGAGCAUUUUCAUAAGCCAUAACUACGACUUGGUAAAUUAAAAACGAUUUUGUAGCCUAGUUCAGGUUUUCAGCAAGAUAUGAAUAGUUACAUUUCUUUCCUUUUUUGGUUGUUUUUCCUUUUUAUUUUUUAGAAGUGAUGAUCUACUGUUUUUCUUUUCCUUUAUUUUAUGUACAUUUAUUUUACAGCUAUGCAUUUUGGGGUCAGUUUUGACUACAUGAGUUGUAUAUAAACUCCCUGAAGGUCGCCUUGGAGAGGGGAGCUGGAAAAAAUGGUCCCAAAAUGCAUAGCUGUAAAAGAAAUUUACAUAAAAUUGUGGUAAACAAAAACAGGUUGCAGAAAUUCAUCAUUCUCAGCACUUCCCAGAAAGAUAUGAAUAUCUCAAAAUUUGUAAAUUAUAUUGUAUUGUUUUUUGUAAUUUAGAGUUCAUUAGGACUAAUCUGGCUGAGAGCCUACCAGUCUUUUAUUAUAUAAUUUAUAGUUCUUUAAUACUUUCUGAAACAUUUUUCUGUUCGUGUAUAAUGGCUAGACAUUAAAAUGGAUAUAUUAUAGUAACAUACUAUCCUAUUAUUCUAUAAUAAAUUGUAUAUAUUUGAUUUUCACUUAUAAUUUUGUAUUUAACAUAAGAUUAUAACAGAGAAAUAUUUUAAAACUUCUGCACAGAAAAGAGUAAAUUGUGGUGAUAUACUGAGGUUAGAAAAUUUAUAAUUUAAAAACAGAAUAAUAAACUAUUGUAGGCCAAGUAAAACUAACAUAAUUAUGAUAAUAAUCUCUAGGUGAAAAUCAAUUAAAAAUAAAUUUUGUAUUUCAUUACCCACCUUCAAGAUUAGAUGCAUGUACAAACUAUUAUUUAUUACCACAAGUUUAUUCCAAACAACAAUAUAUUCAAAGAACUGUAAUAUCAGUGGCUGAAUCAAAACUAAAUUGUUCAUGGUUCAUUCUUGUUUAAUAACCUAUCAUUUUGAAAAUUAAUGAUAUUGACAGACUAAGUUGGUUAUAUUUGCAGUUUCCACUUGCAUCUAUUAACAAUAUAUGACUAUGUUGGAGAUGAUCAAAUAGAAUACAACUGUUAAUAAUUUAAUUUAUCACAACCUUACAUAAAUUCAAUAUUUUUUUUUCAAUUACCAAUAAGCAGAGUUGGAAGAUUAAGUUGUAGCUUUCUUUUAACUUUUGCGAUGUACACUUCUAGGCCUUAAUAUGUUAAAAAUGAUAAAUUAUGCACCAUAGAGAUAAUUACAUACCAUUACAUUUAUUUAGUUAUUUACAAAUUAAUCAGAAUUGUUUGCAACAUUUUAAAUUAUUACAAUGAUGUGAUCAGUACAAGAGACCUGCCUACUAAAUGGAAUUUAAGUUUUAAUGCUGUGAUCUUCAAAACCACUGUUUUGCUUUUAGUUAAUUUAUUGUAUAUUAAGUGAAAUUAGAAAACUAUAAAAAUAGAACUUCAGAAUAGAUAAUUUGAUAUUUUUAUACAAUUUAAAAAACCGACAAUUUUCUAUUCUUUAUGGCCAUAAAUUUCUUUGAAAUCUAGUUUAUUUACAAAUUGUUAAUUUAUAUAAUUUAUAACGGCAGAAUUUUAUUGUGCCAAAAUUUAGAAGUCGGUGUUAAAUUAAUUUACUCUUUUAUGAUUGAUGUUUUGAAAUUUA